CUUCACCGAGGAUGAGGCUAACAGGCUAGCAGCAGUAGGUGAUGAUAUUGUUGGCGUUGCGGUUAGCUCACUAGCUUCAUUUCUUUAUCCGUGGCUAAUGGUGAGGAAGAGUAGCGCGGUGUAACCUUAACUGGUUUAGAUCUACUUUCCUACACUUUUGUUUAAUAUUCCUGAAGGGGACAAAAUAGUUAAAAACAACGGGCUGCUCUUGUGGAAGACUUUUAAUACGAAGAAAAAUAAACCCGAGCUGAAGCAGCAGCAGCUAGCCGGCUAGCUGCCUUUGCUGAAAGGAGGAGACGGGUUCUUAAGAGAAAGGAAAGCCUGUAAUGGCCAACGAGCCGGUUAUUCUGAAUGUGUAUGACAUGUACUGGAUUAAUGAGUUCACUACCUCUCUGGGUAUCGGGGUCUUUCAUUCAGGGAUCGAGAUUUACGGCAGAGAAUUCGCCUAUGGAGGGCAUCCAUAUCCAUUUUCCGGCGUAUUUGAGAUAACGCCCGGUGAUGCCACAGAGCUUGGGGAAACCUUUAAAUUCAAAGAGGCUAUCGUUCUUGGGAGUACAGAUUUCACAGAGGAGGACAUAGAGCGUAUUAUGGAGGAGCUAGGAAAAGAGUACAAGGGAAAUGCGUAUCACCUCAUGCACAAGAACUGCAAUCACUUUUCCUCAGCACUGUCAGAGAUCCUGUGUGGUCGUGAGAUUCCACGCUGGGUGAACAGACUGGCCUACUUCAGCUCAUGUGUGCCGUUCCUACAGAGCUGCCUGCCUAAAGAGUGGCUGACUCCAGCAGCACUGCAGUCCAGCGUGAGUCAGGAGCUGCAGGGUGAGCUGGAGGAAGCCGAGGAUGCUGCCGCCUCCGCCUCUGCCUCCACGCCUCGUCCCAGCCGACACCAGCCACGCCGAUAGGCUCUAGUGCCAUGACUGACAGGCCUCAGAGAGUGCCUCAAAGCUCCUGCUGCCAACAGAGCCCAGUGACAGACCUGCAAUCCACCAGCAGUGUAGAUAAAUCCCGUCCAAUCAGCGACUGGCUCUGACAGAACCGUUGAGGGCCCUGCACUAUUGGUUUUAUUGCCUUUUUUUUCUUUUUUCCGGUCAAGGACCCUAAGGAUUUUCUGUCUGAUUUACUGAAAAACACUCAAAGUUGGUUUUAUCAGUGUUUUUAAACAUAAUAUUUUUUACCUCUAAUGUUUUGUUUGGGGGAAACUCAGGACAGAAAGACAUUUUCCAUAGAAAUUUUACUAACUCACCUGGAAGAUUUUGUUUAUGAUAUUAAUUUAAUGCUUUUUGCAAAGCUGGAUUUUUCCUUACUCACUGUUCUUUCCUCUAUCACCCAUCACCAUCACCUCAGUCUAUCUUUUUUGUUUCUUUUUGUUUUUAUUUAAAGGGAGCUUUUGGUUACGAAAAAGUAGUGUUUAUGUCCAUGUAUUUAUAGGUUCUUCUUCCAGAGAAGCUGACACCUGGGCCAAAUUACCCUACCUUUUUACUGACACAUAUUUCAUGUCUAACUCACAUUGGUAAUUGUGCCUAAAUAUUUUUACUGUUACUUGCUCAGAGAGAGCUCUGCACUCUUUCUCUACAGUUUACGCUGAGUAGCAGACUCCUUCGUACCCUGCAAACCUACUUCAGAUGUUUUACACCUUUAGGUUUUUAGAGUCUAUUAUGUAUUGAAGAUGCUGUUUGUAUUCCAUUUUAUGAUUAUUAAAGAGAACAACGAUUUUUUUUGGUUCGAAAACAACUGACUUGUUCUGAUGCGUAGCUAAAACUCUUUUUUAGUAAAGAGAAGGGCUUACAUUGAAGAACGGCUUACGUUCCGAUUUAGAUGAAUGUUACGAAAAACCAAAGAAAAAUAGUUCAACUGCAAACCUCUAGGCUGCUUAGAGCAGUAUUUUUGGAUUAAUUUACUUGAGCUUUGACACACACAAACAUAUUAACAUGAAUGCUGAAAAGUACCACACCUGAUUAAGGACCCAAAAUAAAUAAAGGUGUUUAUAACCUGGAGGGUUUAAAAUGCUCUGAAGGAAGAAAUGUUCUAUGUUUGCCACAAUCCCAUUACAGAGUGCCUUUCCACUCUCAGCAUGAGAAAGUGUCAGUAAUAACUUUUUGAUUUGUUAUUUAAGCAAUGAAAUGUGUGCACAAGGGAACAAAAUGUAUGAAAAAUUUUUUAACAGCAUGAAAUGCCAUGAGCAGCGUUCAAUAUAGAAGAACAGCAGGAAAGGGGAUGGGUGGAGAAUAUGAUGGAAAACCGUGCAGGGACAGCAGAGUGGUAGCUAUUAUUACUGUCUGCACAGCCUUUGGAGUCAUGCCUGAAUGUUUAACCUUCGGUAAGUGACACGCUGUUAGCAAACUGCCAGGAACCCUGUGCCACACACACUGUACUGUACAUGCAGGGAGACAGCAACUUCCAUAGCUGCGUCACUAGGCUCAUCUAGGCAUCCAAAAGUCCUGAAAAUGUCUUUACUUUUGUUGACAAAGGUGACCGGUGCUGUCUUGUUCCAGAGAAAUCGGAAAACAGCAUUUGUUGGGGCAUCAAGACAAGUAGUGCAUCUUGUUGUGGCAUUUAUAAUAGCUUAAAAGGCCAAGGGUCACUUCUGAGCUCAGGUUAUUGUCUGUGUGUAAUUUGUAUGUUUUCUCCACGAGCAAGUGGGUUUCCUCUUUGAUGACAUGCUAAUUGUGCAUUAUCUACUCUGAACUGAAGUGAAUGAACAUGGGUAUAGAUGUGUUCUGUGAUGAGCUAAAGAUCCAUCAUGACUAUAAUUGUUAGGUGUAAUUUUGUUGUUCUUUUAAACUGUUACAGAAAUCUGGAUAAAGAUUGUGAUUUGUUUGGUGACCAGGAAUAACCUUCCUGAGACAACGUUAGGGAGGAACCAGACACACACAAGGGAACCCAUUCUCUUCUGGGUGACACCGGAUAGUAGAGUUAUGAGUCAUUGCUCUUCCAAAACUGUAUACUGUAAGGGUUGGAUAUACAGUGUAAUAUUUAGCUGGGGUAAGUAAAACUAGUCACAGCAAUCUUUAGGGCAUCUGCGAGACGUACUGUAUCUAGUUCUGUUAAACACAAUAUUGAAAGUGCAAAGGCUUAGCAUUAAAACCAUAAACAGUGAUUAAAGUGAUGUGAAAACAUUGUAGGUGGCAUAAAAAAGGUUUCGCUUUAGUGUCCUCUUUCAUUUUCUCUUCUGCUUUUACUUUCUUGAACCAGCAGCUUUUCUGCUUCUGCCCAGGAAAUGAGAGACUUUUGAUCAAAAUAUGAUCUAAUAUUAUUCUUAUUGGAGGUUAUUAGUUAAAGGCG